AUGAGUGAAUAUGCCACCGAAAAGGUUGCUGAAACCGAACUGAUGGAAAAAAAAUAUGAGGAAGCCAUCGUACAAGAAGAUACCCAAACCAACGAAGAUCAGUUGUCCGGGCCAGUUGAAGAGGAUGAAGGUAGAACCCCAACUCCAGAAGAAAUGAAGACCUUGAGACAUGUAUCGGAACCAAUUCCUUUAAGAUGUUGGCUUGUAGCCGUCGUUGAAUUGGCUGAAAGAUUCUCUUUCUAG